GAAUUCGUCGCUCAGUUUGAAAUUCAAACUCGAGGAAAGCGGUCGAUUUGAAGAAACGAAGAAACGGCCUGGUCGCGUGAAAAACUGAAAAAGCCGGCAAAACAGUUGUGGGCAAACUGAUUACUGAAUCGAAUGCAAGUGUUGUGAUUGAGAAAAACGGUGGCCAAACGAGCCGUUUAAUGAGCAAACAAGCUGGCCAAUAACCAAUAACCAUUUACCGUUUGCCAGCGAGGAAAGGGAAAUCGUGAUAACAAAGCGGAGACGAAAGAGCAGGAACAACCGGCAGCAAUUUGUUAAUUUUAAACGUCGUGUGUGUUCCGCAGUAAUUUCACAAGCAGUUCAAUUUGCAUUUUAAGGAUUCACUUUAUAGUUUUGGCAACGAACGAGAAACAGCAAGGUCGUUGGGGUCAAAUGUUGUGAUGCAAGUGACAAAAUCAAAAUUGGAGUAAAUAAGAAAGAAAAAAAGUAUGUAAUUUUUUGAGCAUCCUCGCGUCGCGUAACGGUAAAUCUUUCGCCCUGCGUGUCUCUGUGUGCGUGCGUGUUUGAGUGUGCGUUUUUCGGUUUUGUUUUCAUCUCCUCCUUGCCGUCCUCCUUUACCACCUUCAAUUGCCAUCUCCUAAUUUCUUCUACGAAAAGGAAGGGCGAAGAACGAGAGCCAAAAUUCUAAAAGAUCGAAAACUGGCUUUUAAAAUGAUAUGCUGUUAAUAACUAUCAAGGAGCCAUGCGGAGCAGCGGCGGCGCCAAACAAAAUGUGAGGAUAAACCAGCGCUGGUGCCUUCUGGGAUUAUGCUAAAAAUGCUCAAAGUGCGAUAUAAAUUUUUAUGAGUGUACGCGUUGAAUUUUUACGAUUGUCUGGGGGCGGGGGAAACAAAGAAAAAUUAGAGAAAAUGCUCCAGGGAGGACGAUUUAAAACAAUACAAUAGCUUAAAGUGGCAACGGAAAUUGCAUGCAAGCAGGAGGCGUGGCACUGAACGCCCCCCGGAGCACGUGACGCGCGCACACACACACCAAUACAGCGAAACUAAUAGACGCCAUUUUGUAACAGUAAUUGGCAGGGCACACGUAAGCAGCACAGCUCCUUACGUAAAGGAAUCACCCCAGAUACUAACCAGGAAUCACCCAGAAACCAUACACACUCACACCUCAUCAUCAUUAUGGCCGUCAGCAAUAUUGUCUGCGAGUGGCUAAGAGCUUUGGGCCUGGCCCAAUAUGCCGAGAGCUUCCUGGACAAUGGCUACGACGACCUGGAGAUCUGCAAACAGGUCGGUGAUCCCGAUCUGGACGCCAUUGGCGUCGAGAAUCCUGCCCAUCGACACAAGCUGCUGAAGAGCAUACGAUCGCUGAGGGAAAAGGGCGCUGCAUCCGUGUACUUUAUGCUCAACGAUCCUAACUCGCUGUCGGGCAGCAUGGAGAUCCUCUGCGAAACACCACCCAGCAAUGAACUGGAGCUCGUCCUGCGGGAGCAGCUGGAAACGGACGGAGUCCGUCUCACAGCGCAUCCAUACUCAACACCGCCCUCGAGUUGUUUGUCGGACAAGGAGGAGGAUGAGAUCUAUGGAUUUGGCUAUGGCGUGUUUGCACCCCGUGUGGCCAGGGGAGGGUUAACGCAACAGCAGCAGCUGUUGCAACAGCAGACGCUGCAGACGCAGCAGAGCAUACAGCAGCAGCAGCAGAUGCAACAGCAGCAUCAGCAGCAGCAACAGUUACCAAUUGUGCCAGGCCAACAGCAACAGGCGGGAAAUGGACCGCAUCAGCACCAGACUCUGCCCCCAAAUGUCGCCCAUUUGAACUUUGUGCAGCAAAACUGCCUGAGUCCGCGUUCUGCUUAUUUUUAUGAAUUUCCACCGACAGCAGAGGGUCGCGAGACAAAGAAACGCACCACACUGGCCCGAUUGCUGAAAGGCUUGAAGACUGUCAAUCGACGGGAUCGGAACAAUCAACAAAAUGGCGCCCAGGCCAGGGCGGCCAACGAUCGUCUGAGGCACUUUCAAAUGAUAAACGGCGGCGCCGGCGGACAGCAGCACAGUUUCGAGGAGACAAUCCACAGGUUGAAAGUACAAGAGGCCAUGCGGAAAAAGGAAAAAUUUCAACGUGAACACGAGGAGAUCCUGCGUGACAUUCGACAGGGACUUUUGCAAAUGAGUCGCGGCGAAGGACGCAUGGACGAUACGUACAUGUACGACGAGGCGUUGAGAACGGGCGGCGGCAUGGGGAUCGCCGGACUGGGCAUGCCCCUCGGACUGGCCGGAAACGGAGGGGGGGGAGCGGCCCAUUAUGCGGUGAGUGCCCUGCAUCAUCAAGGUCAUUGGUACGACGAGCCGCCCUACGAGAGCGAUCCCGAUGACUUUCUCAUGGCCGGGCUCAACUGCGGACCAGCUGCCACUAUUCAGGGUGGCCGGGUGCGCUUCUCGAACAACCGCGAGAGCACGGGCGUAAUUUCAUUAAGAUCCGCCGGAGAUAUUUCAUUGCCGCAACGUGGACCGCCCCGUAGAGGUCUUAUCGUGCCGCAGCAGCCGCCAAAUCCACCGACAAUAAUACCCUUAACGCACGCCAGAUCUCAUGAUCGCGAAAGCGGCGACUAUGCGGGCUCCAUCUCAGACCUACAAAGCGUUACCUCCAGGCUCAGUGCGGUGUCGAUUGGCACCAACAACUGCACGGCCCGCUAUAGAACCCUAAGCGGCGGAAUCGGGGAAUCACCAUCGCUGUCGCCCAGUCCAUCGUCGGAUUACGAGGACAUCGGAGUGACCCGGGGUCACGGAUGCCUGCCCCCCAGCCUGCUGGCCGCGAAGGCCAAAAAGAACGGACUGCCCCACGGCAAGGCGAACACCAUUUGCCAAAAGGCCACGGUGCAUCAUUCGGGCGAGAUGCGUAGCUCGGCAAAGGAAAUUGGCGCAUUUAAUGAGAAUGGACGGAACUUUGUUGCCACAAAGGAUACGUCGAGGGAUUUUAGCAAUUCCCAAGAUAAUACCGACCGUGGCAGCAUGAGCGAUCAGGCGUUCGCCUGUUCGGCCAGCUCCGUGGAAAGUUUGCCCAGUGCUUCCGGUUCGAGCACCCAGGCUUUGGUUCGUCCUGGCAGUCCGCACAGCUCGAUUUCGGCCGAGGAUCGCACCUCGAUGGCCAGCUGCAUCUGCAAGGCCAAGGCUUUGGUGGACAGUUUGCCCAAUCCCUACGACAAGGAGGCGCUUAAAUUCAAGAAGGGCGAGCUUAUUGAUGUGCUGUCGAUGAACGCCUCGGGCAUUUGGAAGGGACGCUGCCACGGCCGAGUGGGCCACUUCAAGUUCAUCAAUGUGGAGGUGCUGCCGGAGCAGCGGAUGAAGAACUCCAGCAGCAAGACCCUUGCACCCGGCUCCCGUCUGGCCAAUCCCGGCAAUGGAAGCCACAACGGUGGACCCUGCUCCGUGGAGGACCUGCUCAUUCGCAUCGGACUCAAGGAGUACACCUCCGUCUUUGUGCUCAACGGCUACGAGGACCUGGAGCUCUUCAAGGAACUGGAACCCGCCGACCUGGACUACCUGGGCAUCCUCAAUCAGGAGCAUCGUGCCAAGCUGCUGACGGCUGUGCAGCUGCUGCAUGACAUUGAAUGCUCCGAUGUGGAUAUAGCCGGUUCCAGUUCGGAAAAUGACGAGGCCCGCCUGAAUAACAUCAAUAUCAAGCAUGGAGCUUCGCCCUUUGGCCGGAGGCACUUUCCCCGCGAUUCGGGAUGCUACGAGGGAUCACCGCUGCCCAGCUCACAGACACCCACGCAGGCGGUGAACUCAACGGAUGAGUCGAACAGCCUGGACGACGUGGUGACCAAGUGCUCCAGCGAGAUUAUGAAGCGUGUGGAGAGCGCUCGCCGCUGCAAGGACAAUCCCUUCAAGGCCACGCUGCCGGGCGGAGGACGACUGGGCAAGAAGUCCUUUCUCGGCGGCAACGGCCUUAUGGCGGACGAUACGCUCACGCGUGGAGGGCUUAGCGAGAAGUCGAGCGAUUCGGGGGUCAGCAGCAGUUCGCUAUCGUCGGGUCCGCUGAAGAGCAGCACUUAACAUUUGCCCACCAUACUGGCCCACGAGCUGCUCCUGGGCGUGGGCUCGGGCAUGGGUUUGGGAAUGGGUCUGGGUCUUGGCCAAAUGGGCCACGGCACUACAGGAACCCUGACGCCUCAUGGAGUGGCCGUCACCGCCACCUCGCCCACCGCCCACUCGGCGCCGCUGGGAAACAUCUGCAACACGCUGCCGCAUGCACCGAGCUCCUCAAGUGGCGGCGGCCUGUCAUCCUCCUCCAUGGUUAGCAAUCUGCCACUGAACCGGAAUCUGGUGAUGCUGCGCAAUCACCUGCGAAAGAAUACGGGCGGCAGCAGCAGCAUUACGGGAAAUGGCGGCCCAGGAUGCUCAUCCGGUGUGGGAGUACAGCUGCUGCAGGAUCAGGACGACCGACUGGAGGAUCAAUAACCCAUUUACUACAUCAAGUUCUUAGUUUAGUCUCCCGUUGAGUUAAGUGUAUUUCAAUUGCUGUGAUUCGAUAGUGAAAACAAAAGGCCAACACGCGUCUUUCAGUUCAAAUGUAUAGUAUGUAUAGAGAGAGAUAGACAGACAGUUAGGGAAAGAGAGAGGGCGCUAUAAAGUGGCAGAUGUGUGUAGAGGGAGAUAGUAAGCAGAGAUAGUCAGAGUCAGUCAAUCCUUCCUCCGAUAAUGUUGGCAUUUACACAAAUAUUUAACACUUAUAUAUAAUAUAUAUAUAAAUACAGACUUUACAGACUUAUAUAUACAUACACAUCUGCAGCAAAAUGAGAAAUUUUUAUAUACUUAGUGACGUAACAAAGGUGUUUGAAAUGUUUUGACUAUUUUUAGUUAGCCUCAAGCUAUGUAUUGAAUGAGACUUGUAUGAUUUGCCAUUUGUUUACUGUUUAAUUGCUUUGUGUAUGCAUAUUUCUCAACGUGAUAUUGUGAAACGUCCAACUUGAAUUGCAUUUUAUAUAUAGAUUCAUUUCUAACGUUUUAAUAUUACACUCACACACACAUAGAAGUUGAUUCCUAUUUUAAGGCACUAAUCUGAGUGCAAGCAAUAGACCAAUUCAAUUUUAACAACCAAGAAAAACAAAAUAUUUACACACAAAAGGAUACAAACAUAGGGAGAACAGAACACCAACUGCCAUUCGAAACUAAUUUUAAUUUGUUAAACUCGUACAUAUAAGGACAGUGUAAAGGUAACGAACGCAUCGUGCAAAUCCGUCAGAAACUUGUAAAAAUAAAUGCCGAAAAUUGCCAAAUCGCGCAAAAAAGUAAAGUACGCUAAGCAAUAUUUUCAAAUCGUAGCGAGUCGGGUCCGGAUCACGUGUACAUAUAUAGGAUUGCGAUCCAGUUAAGAUUUAUUAUGCCACUUAUAGAAGAUAUCAAAACGUAUCCACUAUGAGCGAUUUAGCGAUAAUCAAAAGCAGACAAUGAAAUUAGUCAGGCAGCGCAAAUGUUUUUAAUCAGUUUCCAGCAAUUAGUUAAAUAAAUGAACGAGUAUUUAUCAAGGCACAACAACUACGAAUAACAUAUUAAAGUUUAAACUGAUUAAAAUACACAUUAAAGAAUAGCAUAACCUAGCGUAGAGCAUAUGAUUCUAAUAUAGCAAUUGAAUAAAUGUAAAUGAGUUUAUUUGGAGAACGCUUUGACUUCUACUCAGAACGUAAUUAAACCUGAACAUAUUUUGUGAACAUAAGAUAUAUCGAUAUUCGUAUUGUAAUUCAAUUAACACUAAUCGCAAAUAAAUUAAAUCAAAUUUAAACAACAAACAAAUCGCACGUGUUACAGCCAGACGAAAAGAAGGUUAAAGACAGAUUAUAUUACACGAGUAUGUGGAAUACUGAAUUAUAGGCAUUUUUUUAAAUUUAACUAUCCCAAAUUACAUUUAAGUGUUUCAACUGUAAAUUGUAUCAAAGUCAACAAAAGAAUAUUUAUAUAUUUAAAACGACGAAAUGAGAAGCGAACACAAAACGAACACAUCCACACAGCAUGUGCUGCUAGCAUUUUCUAAUUAUCACUGUAAAAUGAUGUAAUUUAAAGACAGAAUAUAUAAGCAAUAUUAAAGUUUAACCUAACAAGGAGCCACAAAAUUGAUCAUUAAGUCAACACAUUACAAUUGCAAAACAAAAACAAACAUUAAAAUUCCAAUACACAAAGUAAAAAGAGAGGGCAAACUAAAGUAAUCAGAGUUCAGUAAAUUUUAGAAGAAAUUUUCAACAAAAC